GUCAAAUAGUUCGCAGAUCGUCCUAUGUUUUUAUUGACUUCAAAAAAUACUAACCUGUGGAUAAAAUCUUUUUCCCCACCUCGUAUCAAUUGUGAUUAAUCGAUCAUCUCGUCAUUACCAAUGUCAGGGCGACACCGAUAAGGAUAAGCGACUUAAAUCGAAUAUUGCGAGAUAACACAACUUGACAAGAUUACGUACAUACAUUUGUGUAAAGGUUGCAUAUAUGUAUUUAUUUAGCAGGACAAAACCUUACUCGGACUUUUACCUUGGAACUUGUCGAGCUAAAAAUUUAGUCACAAAUAAUCAUGACGAAAGUAGCUCUAAUUUUUUUGGUCCUCGUCGUCAUGGCGACGAGCGCCGUACAAGGCAGCACCCUGAACGAAAAUAAGAAGGGCGAACUGAAAAGUAAACUGUUGGAAGGAGGUUUGGAUUGGGAGUGUCCCUCGUAUUGUGAUUACUGCACGGGUUCCACCUGCUAUUAUUACGAUUACUAUUAUGGCGGCGACUUUGAGCUGGCGGUUGGUUGGAUAGUUGCCAUUUCUAUCACCUCUUCAUCAUCUUCUUUGUCUGCAUUCCUGUCGGACUUUGCUUCUGUUGCGGAUGGUGCUGUUUCACAGGUUGUCGGAAACGAGAUCAACCCGGGAUCGUUUGUAAGUUGAAAUAUUUUAAAUCUGCUGCAGUUCACAGUUAAAAAUCUGGUAUAGUCAGAUAGGUAGAUAUUUAUUACUCGGUGUUCAAGUUGUUACCUUUUUGGCCCUAAAAUUAUGCCGCUCAGUAACAAUUUGCUACCGACACGGUAAAACUUUAAUACUGAGUUAUUACCACAUGGUAUAACCUAUCAAUUAUACCGCUUUGGUAGUCAAUAUGGAUAUUUGUACCACAUGGUAUUAUUUUGAUACUGGAUUUCUAAGCGUGUAGUUUCCAUGCACAUAUUUAUGUUGCAC